AUGGGUUACAGACCUCCAGCUGGUGUGCCCAAUGGAUACGGAGCAAAACCCAACGGUCACGGGCCUGUUGCCGGUCUUCCCAACGGACAGGACCCUCCGCCCAACGGGGGGACUCCUCAGAACGGAGGCGGGAUUGGGCGAUUAUUAAUGCCAUACAAAGGAGUUGGUGUUCCCAUGGGAACGGAGAACGGAGGGGCCCCCAACAAGGGAACAGGCCUGGGGCCGGCGGGGGGGGCAACCAAUGGGAACGGAGCCAAGCCCAACGGUGACCAUGGUUACGGACCUGCUAAUGGGGCUAAUGGACAGGCAGCCAAACCCAACGGUUACGGUGCCCCUGUUGCUGCACCUAACGGAAAUGGAGCUAAAGCCAAAGGUCAUGGACCCCAGGCCGGGCAUGGCAACGGACAUGGAGCCAAGGCCAACGGUCAAGGAGCAGCUGCAGGGUCCCCUAAUGGGAACGGGGCCAAGCCGAACGGAGCCCAUGGGGGAGCAGGGAGCAAGCCCAUGAAAGGAUACGUCAGACCUCCCUACGGAGCAGGUGCAGGUCUGGGCAUGGGAGGGCAGAGAGGUCUUGGGGUGCCUCAGCUAGCAGGGAACCAGAGAGGAGGAUACGGUGGGACUGGAUAUGGCUAUGGAGCACAACCCAUGGGAGGUUACAGGAUGAAUGGUCCCUAUGCCAGACUAGGGCUUGGUACUGGAUACAGCAAUGGAGGAGGAUCUAAAGGACCCAAGUCAGGUUACCGGGCCCCCAAUGGACAAGGUGCCAGGCCGAACGGUAACGGUGGUCCCAAUGGACAAGGUGCCAAGCCUAAUGGCUAUGGUGCUCCCAAUGGACAAGGAGCCAAGCCCAAUGGUUAUGGUGCUCCUAAUGGACAAGGAGCCAAGCCCAACGGUUAUGGUGCUCCUAAUGGACAAGGUGCCAAGCCUAAUGGCUAUGGUGCACCCAAUGGACAAGGAGCCAAGCCCAACGGUUAUGGUGCUCCUAAUGGACAAGGAGCCAAGCCCAACGGCUAUGGUGCUCCCAAUGGACAAGCUCCUAAACCAAAUGGCUACGGGCCAACAGGUGGCGUUCCUAAUGGAUAUGGUGCUAAACCCAACGGCUACGGCCCCGCCCCAGCACAAGGAGCCAAGCCCAAUGGCUAUGGUGCAGGAGCUGGUGUGCCCAAUGGACAGGCUGCCAAACCAAAUGGUAGGUUCACGGCUAUGGUGCAGGAGCUGGUGUGCCCAAUGGACAGGGUGCCAAACCAAAUGGCUAUGGUGCAGGAGCUGGUGUGCCCAAUGGACAGGGUGCCAAACCAAAUGGCUAUGGUGCAGGAGCUGGUGUGCCCAAUGGACAGGGUGCUAAACCAAAUGGCUAUGGUGCAGGAGCUGGUGUGCCUAAUGGACAGGGUGCCAAACCCAAUGGCUAUGGUGCAGGAACUGGUGCUGCCAGUGGUAAUGGUCGUCCCAAUGGUUAUGGAUAUCCCAAUGGAGGAGGUGCCAAGGCUCCCAAGCCAGCUCCAGGUUAUGGUGGUGUACCCAAUGGGUAUGCACCCAGGCCCAACGGGUAUGGAUAUCCCAAUGGGGGUGCAAAAGCACCAAAACCAGGUUAUGGUGCAGGAGCUGGUGGAGCACCCAAUGGAUAUGGAGAAAAUGGAGCCAAACCGAACGGCUAUGGUCCUGGAGCUGGAUACCCCAAUGGAGGAGGAGUUAAACCAGGUUAUGGCAAUGGGGCACCCAAACCACAGUCUAACUCUAAAGGUGUUGGAGCAGGGGCAGCUAAUGGAGGUGGCAGUGCACCAAAUAGUGGGUAUGGUGUUCCUGCGGGGGUACCGAAUGGAGUGGCUCAAGUAGCCAAACCUGGUUAUGGUCAGGGUAAAGGUGGUGGUGCACCAAACGGAAAUGGAAAGAGACCCAAAGGUGA